AUGGACGCGCUCAGCCCGCAGCAGGAGGUGCAACGCCUGCAGAACCAGAUCGAUGUCGAGAUCAAGAUCAAAGACGGCGCAGAGAAUCUGCUCAGCGUGUUUGACCUCAAGCUCGCCUCCAACACAAAGCAAGACCUCCGCAAGCAGAUCGAGGCCGAGCUCGAGUCGGCCAAUCACAGGAUUGCAUCGCUCGCCGCAGAGCUCGAACGAUGGAGCAACGUACAAGCCACCACAUCGCCCCCAUCGUGGGCCUCCAACGCUUCCGUCUCGGACUCGGAGUCCUCCUGGAACAUACCAACUUCCACCGUCUCGCGCUUCGAACAGUCUGCGCUCGACUUUGAAGGUCGUCCGCUCUUCGAUACCGCGCAAGCCGGGCCGAGUCGACAGCCUGCGCGGAACACCAACUACGACAUCACCCCCGCCCAGUUCGACCCCAACAAUGGAUCGCCGCCAUCUACCAACUUCGUUAAUGAGCUCAACUCUGGGAUGCCCCACGUCUCCGUCGCGGCCCCUUUUGGUGGUCUGGGCAUCGGUAUCGACGGACACGCUCCACUCAACUUUACCGGCUUGCAGCCUCAACGACAGCAAUCGGUCACCGAGUCUCUACACUCACCUCGUCCACCAGCUUUGCUAUUUGAUCGUCCUGACGACGCUGCCUCUGUCUCAGCUGCUCAGAAUCUUACUUCCGGGCAAGAGGCUUACCCUGAAGACAGAGAGGCCGAAGAUGCCCGCGCGUCACGGUCUCUCGCCAUCAUGCUGAUCCGCUCCCUAAGGCCUUCCUCCCCCGCACCUCCACCUGCAAACCUGCCAACUCUCUCGGAGAGCGGCGACACUUCCUCGCCAUCCACACAAGAAGCCACUCCUACCACAGUGACAAGCCCAGACUCGCCCUUCAACCCGAACCUCGCGCUUCCUCGCAUGGCUCGCAGGACAGCCGCGCGUUCAAGGGCAGCUGCAAUCGCUUCAGGCGCCGCCUCGCAUGCGCGAACGCCCAGCAACGCCGCAGGGUUAGGUGAUCAAGCAAAGCAUCAGAUCGAUCAGAUCAGCCGCCUCGUCGACAUCCUCAAACGACACGCGCGUGUACGUUACGAACUGCCUCUCGACGACCUAGUGGAUGCCGCUAUGCCAAAUCUCUGUGACCGAUCGGGCAAGGAGAUGCGUGCCGCCACCUAUCGACUGCUCCGCCAUGCUCUCGUCCAGCCACUCUCUCCAUUGGUAUCCCGCUGCCGACAAAAAGGUCUCGACAUCUACCUCUCGCGUACCCUCAUCCGCGACAAUCGGUUCGAAGUCGAAAAGAUCCAGGCCAUCAAGCUCAUUCGGGCCAUCAUGGAACUAGCAGCACUGCGCUCCAUCAGCACCGCUCCCGAUCGCCUCGGCCUUGACUUGCGGGAUCUCGUGUCUCCCGGUGUCGUCCGCGCCCUCGCAGCUGUCGCCGAACAUUCAGAGGACAAGUUGCGUCACAUCUGCCUUGAAACGCUUGCAGAGCUCGCCGUCUUCGACCUUCGUCUGCUUAUCAGAGCCGGAGGUCUCCGCACCACUCUGCAGGCGCUUACCGAAGGCGCCUCCGAGUUCUCGCCCACUCUUGUCCAAGUCUUCAUCUACCUCAUCGACACACCAGGGACGCGCCAACAUCUGCGUCCCGGUGUCGAUCUUGAGAUCGCUCUGUCCGGCUUCACCGAGACGCCAGUCCAGAAACCCAUCACGUACCAUGCGCUGCUCCAAUCCACCGCCUCGGUCGUCACGGUCCUUCUCCGAUCCUGGGCGGGUCUCAUCUACCUUUGCAUGAACGACAAGCGCGCCAUCAAGUCGCUCGUCCAAGCGCUGCGUGUCAACACCCUCGAGGUCAAGAGCGUCCUACUCGACAUGCUAUACGACCUCUUCAACGUUCGUGGUGCCACAGGACGGGUGGAUCCCGCCAGCAAGCGCGAGAGCAGCCAUCGGAAUUCGUCGUCGUCCCCGAGGUUGGAUGCGGAUGCUGCAGGCGCCGUUAAAGGCAUCGCGCCCUUGGGUGAAUUUGGCGAUCAACCACGCAGCAGGCUCAACCUCGUCGAUCACUACCUCGCGCUGCUCCUUGUCGUAUUCUUCGAGUCAGGCCUGGUGGACGCGCUCAUCGACGUCAUCGAGCACGCACCCACUAUGGCGAGAAAGGCGACCAUGCUCAUGGGAGAGCUCCUCCAAGUUUCGAAACGCGUCCAUCCACCCUCCAUGGGUGGUAGCAUCCAUUCGCUGCCGCGUCUUUUCUCACUCGCUGCCAGCUUCAAGCUCGAGAAGAGCGACGAACGACAGGCGGCUGCCAGCGCGCUCGCCUCGAUCGAUAGCGCCAAUCGUCAUCGUGCCCACCACGAAGCAAUGAUCAGCGCUGCUGCUCUCAGCGGCGCCAUGCAGAGUGCAGGCCGCGACCGCUCCAACUCGGUCGAAGAGUCGAUGCGCAGAGGUCAGCGGCAGGUGGAAAAGACAAAGAUGCGCAUGGGUAUGCAGAUCGACGACAUUCAAUUCCGCAACAUGAUGGUCGACACCCAGAUCCUCGUCACCAAGGAUCACACAAAAUGGAAUCUCGAAACGCUCAGCGAGAUGCUGGAAGGUCCCUUGCUCAAUGCGAAACGGCUCGACGACGUCGUCAAGGGUACCAAGCUGCUCAAACGAGUCCUCGCCUUCUACCAUCCAUUCGCGCUGCGCUUCGCAAGCAUACGCAAGCUCAACGCCAAUCGUCGUUUCGUUCGGCUCGGUUGCCUGCUACUCACCACGCUCGCCGCCACACCCGAAGGUGCACGUGCCCUCAAUGAGGACCGGUUGCUGCGUGAAAUCCGCGAGUGCCUCGAUCAGCUAGAUCCGCUUUCGGGCCUCUCCACCUCGGAUCCGCUGCUCUCGCGCAAGCGUAUGGACGAGACGCUCACCUCGGGCUAUUUCGAGAUGAUUGGCGCCCUCACUCAAACGGCCGAAGGCAUCCGCUUGCUUGAACGCUUUAAAAUCUUCACUCCUUUGUACCAUCUGAGCGCGCUGCGAAGCAGGGACGACAUCGUCAAGGCAGUCAUCGAAAACGUCGACUACAGCAUCGACGGACACUCGCGGAUCAUUCUCGCCAAGGCGCUGACCUCAAGCUAUCGCGACGUGCGUCUCUUUGCCACGCGACAUUUGGCUGAGCUGAUCCGACACCAGACAUCGCCGGCCAAUGCGAAGAACGGCUCGGACGUGCAGAGCGACUGGACCCUCGCACUCUUGCUGACGCAGCUCUACGAUCCCUCGGUCGACGUGCGUCAACUGGCCACGAAAGUCGUUGAGGAGGCUUGUGCCUCGAGCCACAUUCUCGAGAAAGUCGUAUCGAUGCGACCCACGCUCGAUCACCUCGGCGAGCUUGGCCAUCCGCUGUUGCUCAAAUUUCUCUCGACAUCGGUCGGCAUCCAAUACCUCUGGCAGGGCGAGUACAUUGACCGCGAGAUGGACGAAUGGUUCAACGAACGCAAUCAGCGCUACGUGGUCGAGGUGGAGGUGAUGCUCGCCGACUUUUUCAGCAUCUACCGCAAAUCACCCGGCGGCGGUGGUGGUGCUGCUGCACGUUCCGCAUCUGACCAGGCUUCACCUUUUGCGCCGCCGCAGACACCGGCUCCUGCAGACUCUGCAAAGGACGGCGUGGUUCCACCGCACUUCUACGGUGAGCUGGCAAAGACGCCUGAAGGCUGUCGAAUCCUGCAGCAAAAGGGCCAUUUUGCCGAGUUUGCCCACUUCAUCCGUCAGCAUGGAAGCGAAGCGUCCGACAGCGAGGUGAUCAACAAGCUCAAGAGCGUGUUGUGGGCGGUGGGGAACAUCGGCGCCAACGAGCUCGGAUUGCCCUUCCUAGAGGGCGAGGAUCUGGUCAGUCAGAUUGUCGAGAUUGCCGAGGGCUCCAGAGUGUUGUCGGUUCGAGGGACGUGCUUCUUCGUGCUGGGCCUCAUCGCAUCCACCAGCUCGGGAGCCGAGGCGCUGCAGGAUUACGGAUGGCAGUCAGUGUGCACGCCUCUGGGCGCACCGAUGGGGCUGUGCAUUCCGGACGAUGUCAAUCGUCUCGUCUCGAUUCCUCGUUGGGAGGUGGACAAGGUGCCAGACUUGAGCUACCUGGAUCUGUCGGAGCCCGAGUCUCUGGUGGUGAACAAGAUCAUCACGUCGAUCGCCAAUCUGGGCAACUCGAUCCUGGCAGCCAAUGCAUCGCGGUCGUUGAGUAAGCUCAAGGCCAAGCAUAAAGCGAUGUUCAAGGACCUUUCGGUGCUGGCGAGAGCGGUGGAGUUGAUGGACCACUUCCACUUUCGCGUCCCGGUAAGGCGAUACAUCUGGGAGUUGUUCGAUGUGAGCUUGGACGAAGAUGUGGUGCAGGGGAUCCGCGUGAGCAGACAGAGUUUGGUCGAUGCCAAGCGUGUGCGAGCUGCGCAGCCUGCUCAUUUGCUGUCGGGGCAUGCAUUGCAGCACGGGGGCGGCUCUCCGUCUUUGCAGAGCAGCCGAUCGGGGCAAGGAUCACAAAAGGCAGCGCAGAAUGGCGGCGUGAGGAGCAACGCCGUGAGACCGGGAUUCAGCCGCAACGACCACGACAAGAAGCCAGCGCAGGGUGGGCUGAGCGCACUGGCAGGCGAGGAUUCGUCUUCGCAGACCGACUCGGAUCACGAUUCUGCAUCGUCUCGGCCGCACUUGACGGAAACGGGCACAAUGAACGGCAGGGCGAGAUACGGAGACGAGGAAGAGAGUGAUGACGAGGAAGAUGAGGAGGAUGAGGACGGGGAUGCGGACGACGUGGGUCUGUCGAGCAAUGUGUCGUCGGAUGACGAGGCAAGCGACACUUCGCACGAUGAAUCGAAGCAGAUGCUGCAGCCAGGAUACAUGAUGGCUAGACUCACGCGCAGACGGUCGUCGACUGGAGGCGGGAGGAAAGCGAGCAUGCGAUCGUCAACGCUCAAAGGACACUGGAAGGCAAGAGAUGAGCAUACGCAAGCGGAAAGGGUGGUGGCUGCUCCGGCCAAGAAAGUGGUUGGGUUUGGGAUGGAAGAGCUAUGA